CUCGGCCCCUGCAGAGAAAACAACAUCCGUCGGAUGCUAGCGGUUCGGUGGUUCGGCCGAACACACGCACACGGUUUGGAUCUAAAAGAAAAUCAUCGACCAGCGGCAAGAUGUACCACUCUGACCACGGCGUAGACUUCCCUGACCUCUCUUUCCAGAACCCUGGAGGUCCUGCAUAGCUGGGCCUUUCAAAUCUCGUGUGAACAAAACCCUCGGACAUUCCUCCCAUUCACCAUCUCUCUCGCCUUCACAGGGUCCCUCCUCCUCUUCUAGUCGCAGCCCCUCCCUCUCCUCCUGGACCAUGGCCAGCACUCCCAAGCUAUCUGGUGAGACGCUAAUAGUGCACCACAUCCCUCUGGUGCACUGCCAGGUGUCAGGGGGUCGGCAAGGUGGCUGUGGAGACUCUCUGAAAAGGAGCAACCCAUUUAGUCCACCAGAGAACCUGGGGUUAAGUCGCACCACUUCACUUCCUGAGAGAGAUGUUCUCCAGAGAGAGGCUCUGCUCUACAGCAGUCUGAUCCAGACCUCUAGUAGCUCUUGGUCUUCCCAGAGCAGAGGAAGAGAGAGGAAGGGUGGUGGGAGAGGAGGCAGCACAGCAAGCGAUGAUUCAUCCUUCACUUCAAGCAACUCAGAGGACCAACUAAUAACAGCACACACUUUACCCAAAGUCAAACCGAGGAACAGGAAUCCUUUGCGUCAUAAUCCAUUCCUGCUGAAUACUGAAGACGAUGAGGAUGAAGAAUACGGAGAGGAUGAUGGUGACAAUCUCAGUGGUUACCUUGAAGACUCGUCCUUUCACCUCCACAGUGACACUAACUCUGGUCUCGAUGAUGGGAUGGCUUCCUUCCACUUACAUGACCUCAGCUUCUCUUCCAAGCCCUUUGUUUUGCAUAACUCAUUCGGACAAAGGGACGGGUCCUCGGACCUCUCCAACCAUCUGGAGGACAUGGACAUCUUAGGACUGGAUAGCCAGAAGCGCCACCACAGCAGCGGUUCCAACAUGUCAAUGGAUUGUGGAGAACGCGACUGGGGCGAUGAUGAUGACGAAGGUGAGGAUCAUCCUAUGAGAUGUGGCCAGAGCAGUAAGACUGGGUCGUACUCAUCCAACUCUUCAACUCAGCAUUGCUCUUGCUGUGCGCUCUCCCAGAACUACGCUCAGCACUUCCCUGAAACCUUCUCAGAGCCGUUCUCAGAGUGCCAGCAAGGUUAUGGCAGUGACUCAUCUUGCAAUAGCUCAGACGGCGUGCUGGUCAACUUCAGUGCCAUUUACAACAGGAUGAACAAUGGAAUUCCAGAGAAGCCUCCAGUAUCUGCACAGACCAACCUCAACAGCUCAACCGAUCACUCCUUCACCUCGUCGGUCUCUGAUCCGCCAGGAAACCAACAGGACCUAACAAGUGGGGCUUUUUAUCUGGAUCUUCACACCUCGCCUACAGAGCCUCCCCAUGUCCCACAACAACCCCCCUGCUUCGGCAGCACCUUCUCCCUCAUCUGUGAACCCCACCUGUCCACCUCCUCCACCUGCUCAUGUUCAGUUGAACACCAGGGCGCUCUGGACCUCGACGCCAACUGCAACUCCUACCACCCUCCCCAUUCUGUGUCGUCAGGUGACCUCGUGUCCUGUCUCCAGAGCCAGGCGAGACUUGUUGUCGCUACCCAGAACUAUUAUAAGCUGGUGACCUGUGACCUCUCAUCUCAGUCAUCGCCCAGUCCUGCAGGAUCCUCGGUCAACAGCUGCUCGGAUGAACACAGCAAAGGAAGCCCCACCCCAACCCAGCCCAGUGAGUACUUCCUGUUCAGGCAGCGAGCUGAUGAAGAGGGGCUGCAGGAGGAAGACGAAGAGGGAGAGUCAUCUAAUCGAGAUGAUGAAGAUGAGGAGGAUGAGGAGGAGGGGGUUGAGGAGGAGAAUAAGAGGAAACGGCAGGACAGCGGUGAUGCUGAAGGCGCUGUGGGUGUGAUCGAAGGCCAGGUCUAUGUAAAUAUCACCCCCCCUAUGGUUGGACAGGGGCUCAUUGGAGGCGGGGAUUCUUCCUCGUCCGUCGCCCGUCCUCGUUCCCGCAGCUACGACCGUAACCUGGACAAAUCCCCGACUCCUCGACUCGGAUCUCUGGAGCGAAUGCUGAGCUGCCCGGUCCGUCUCAGCGAGGGCGGGGCCCCGACCCCCCCGGCGCCUCCACGGGUCACCUCAUUCGCAGAGAUCGCCAGAAGCAAACGGAAAAAUGGAGGCGGUCUGUUGGGGUCUCCAUCACUGAAGGCGACCGCAGACCCUUUCUCCUCUACCUACUCCACCCACUCCCUCAUCCCAGAGCAGUGUGUGGAGGAGGACAGUCCUACCCUGUCGCCUGGACCUGGACCUGAACCUGGACCCAGACCCACCAGGUGUUACAGUCAUGGCAGCAUGAAGCGACACCUGACGGGGGCCAACGAUGAAGGUUUGGCCAGCAGCUCCUCCGACAGCCAUCCCACAGUGGUCCGCUACAGUAAGGAACAGCGACCCACCACCCUCCCCAUCCAGCCCUUUACCUUCCACCACCCGUUUGCUUCCAAGCCCCCCCAGCCCAAGCCUCUGCUGCCCCUGCUCACGGGCUACGUCUCUGGGAUGCAGGCUCGCUCCGGCUCCGGCUCCAGUUCUGGCUCCGGCUCUGGAGGUCCGGGAGGGGAAGACAGUGAGGAUGCACUUGGGGGUGUGCAGGGGUACCGGUGUGCCGGGGCUGCGGCGGACCCCCCUCCUGGAUCGGUCCGGCCCUCGCCUCUGGGGAGCUACUCCCCGGUUCGGCUCCAGGGGGCGGGGAGCUCCGGGUCCUGCUCCACAUGCACCCAUAGUCCUCCGCCCUCCCACAGCCUGUCCUGCCCUCUGUCCACAGGCCGCACCCCCCUGCACACGCCCCCAACCACCAAACAGUACAGCGGCUCCACACCUUUACUGCCCACCCCCACACCCUCAUCACUGGGUGCAAAGAGGGGGGGGGUGCCACUGAUGCUGCCCACGGCGCAGGGCCACUGUGUCCACCGUGGAGCUCUACCCACGCUGCCCAGGGACACGCUCAGUCCACUGGGAUGUCAUGACUCUGCAAAACACCCAGAGGGAAACAAAGGAGGCUUAUCCAGGACUCAUAAUGCCCAUCACCUCUCACCCCAGGCUCUCAAAUGGAGGGACUAUCGCCGUCGAAACCCUCUCGGGGUAGAGAGGGUUUCUGGAGCCCACUCAGCUGCAGGACAGGCCCACCUGUCUCGUAACCUUGAGCCCAGACGGGGGCCUGGACUACGACCCCCCAGGCGCAACGUCUUUGAUUUCCCAUCAGUCCCGUCUGGCCACACAGUGGGAUGGCUCAAUGGGGGUCAGUCCAACAAGCUGCAGCAGAGUCACAGUGACUACCUGCCCGAUUAUUUCUCCCUGACGGAGAAACCACCAGAGGAGUUCUGUCUCUCCCCCGAUGCCUCCUCCUCCUCUUCCUCCUGCUCCUCCUCCCAGUCCCACAUCUCUGUGGACCUGAUGGAGAAGAGAGGUUUGGUGAAAGCCGUGAACACCGCCGUCGAUCUGAUCGUGGCUCACUUUGGUACCAGUAGAGAUCCAGAUGUAAAGGCCAAGCUGGGGAACAGUUGGGUCAGUCCCAAUGUGGGUCAUCUCAUCCUGAAGUACCUGUGCCCCGCCCUCCAUGAGGUGCUGCAGGAUGGGCUGAAGGCCUACGUCCUGGACCUGAUCAUCGGACAGCGCCGCUGUCAGCCCUGGAGCCUGGUGGAGGCGUCCACUCAGCUGGGCCCGUCCACUCGUGUUCUGCACAGUCUGUUUUCAAAGGUCAGUCAGUUCUCAGAACUCACCAGCCACAGCAUGAGACUCAACGCCUUCAUCUUUGGCCUCCUCAACCUUAAAUCUCUGGAGUUCUGGUUUAAUCACCUUUACAUACAUGAAGAUAUCAUCGGGGCACACUACAACCCAUGGGGUUUCCUCCCUCUGGCGCACGGUCCAUGUCAGCCUCUGUUUGAGGAGCUCCUCCUUCUGCUGCAGCCGUUGUCCCUUCUGCCGUUUGACCUGGACCUCCUCUUUGAACCUCAUCUCCUCCAGAAGGGCCAGGAGCAUCUACGUCACAAGGAGCAGCUGUGCUCUGCAGGCCAGAGCGUGGAUCAGUCGACUCGCUCCACUUUCCAGCUCAUGAGGGGCUGGAGCACCACCGUAAGCGAAAUGGUUAGAGAUUCAAAUGGUGAUUUCAAGAGAGAGAAGCCACGUCUCAGAAGAGAGGGAACAUGGCCGAGGUUGGAGGGAAGCACACUGAAAGGAGAUGUCAAAUCAAAACUGAGGACAGACAGCACAGUUACAGAGAGCAUGUCAGCUGGACCUGUUAGCAGACAGACAAUGAUGGAAGAAGAGUUUUCUACACUUUGGAAAGAAAGAGCAUGGAUGGGUGGGCAGAGGGUGAAGGGAGUAGGACAAGACAGGCAAGAAGAGUGUGAAGAUGGACUGGAGAAUUCCAGGAGGAAGGACAGAGACUGGGAUCUGACAAAUGAUGGGCGUCAGCGACAAGAAAGACAAGCUGGCUGGUGGUACCAGCUCAUGCAGUCGUCUCAGGUCUACAUCAACCAGUCAACUGAGGGUUCGAAGUUUGUUAAGACAGAAAAGAAGAAGAAGUCAUCAGAUAAACGACAAGGCCACCUGCCACCCACCAGAGAAGGUGUGGUGGAAGGGGCGGAGUCAAGCCAGGAAGGGGAGGUGUCCCAAAAUAGACAAAGUUGUUGUAGCUCCAGUGGGGAAUCAGGAUCAGGAUCCAGAGGGAGGCCCUCAUGGAUGGGUAGCCCACCAGAGUCUGUACUCAACCAGGAAAAAGACACUAAAUCUCCGGAGGCUACAGGGACCAGGGCCCAAGCUGCAGCCCAAGAGGAAAGCCCCUCACAGGGACAGAGUCUGCGAUGGAGCAGGCUCUUUGGAUCCAGCGUUGGCUCUCAGCCAAAGGGGGAGGGGGCUGAACAGAGAGGAAAAGUUCCAAAGAGCAGGCCACCUUCAGGCUGGCUCGGUCUGGAUAGGUCAGUUUUUGAUCUUGUAGCUCAAACUAUCGGAGCAGGAAUUGAGAAGAAGUCAGAGCCUCCGGUCGUACCCACACUUCCAACAGUCAAAACAACACAAGUCAAACCAACAUGUUCAUGUGAAGUGCGGGCUUUGUGUCAUCACAUUGCCACUGAACCAGGACAGCUGAGCUUCAACAAAGGUGACAUCCUACAGGUUUUGAGCAAGGCCGACCCAGACUGGUUGCUCUGCGCUCUGGACUCCUGUCAGGGUUUGGUGCCCAUCAUAUAUGUCACCCUUAACAGCACCGAGGACAGUUAAGAUGGGCAGUACUGAGCUAUAACUGCCCCUGGAGGAAAUCAUAAAGAAGAUGGAGGCAAGCGUUUCCCACGCACCUACUGCAGGCUGGUUUUGGUUUAAUGGGGAAAACUGUACAUUUGGGAUACUUCUUAAAAAAUAAACAUUGUAUAUAUAAAACACGAAGAAACAUGUAAAGACAAAACAUGUUCAAACAUGUGCAAGGGAAGCAUGCAGGCUUGAACACAAACUGACAUCUACAUUUGGACAAGUGUGCAUGUAUACAUCCAAAAGACCAGACAAGAACCAAACCCAAAGGCUUUCCAACACACAGUAGGGUGGCGCUUUGUUCUCUGUGAUAGCAUAACUAUGUGACAGUCCCUUCUAUAUACUGCAUAGGGCAUGAGGAGAGUCUCCUCACACUCCACUUCACUCUAUCAGACAAAAAAACAUGCCUAGCUGUACUUGGUUGGUUGUACUAUCUAUACUUUCACCUUGCUGUGCCACACUGGAAACACAUAUUGUCCAAUGAAAAGUCAAGCGGGUUUAAUGUCCAGUUGCUUUUUUUAUUGCUCUUUGAUCUCAUUCUUGUAGAAACCUUGCUUUAUUGUAAGAUUUAGGCCAAAAAAAAA